UAAAUAGCACAUUUCAGGGACCUUUAUUACAUUGCACCACACAUUUCUUCUUUUGACCCAUUAUAGCAUGUGAAGCUCAAGACAAACUACAACUAACUUGAGCUCUCUCUCUCUCGAUCUCUCGAGAAUGUUGACCUUGAAGGCUUCCUACACAGUGAAACCAAUGGAGCCGUCACCAACAGGGCUCCUUUACCUAUCAGAUUUUGAUCUAAGCGUUGCUCUAACUCACGGACCUGUAGUCUACUUCUAUAGACCCAUCAGUGGUCACUUACUAAACCCAAUAGAAAUCCUCAAAAACUCCCUAGGCAAAGCACUCACCAUAUUUUACCCACUCGCCGGACGCCUCCAAAGGACCGGAAGGGGCCGUCUCGAGGUCAACUGCAACUCCAUGGGCGCGCUGUUUUUGGAAACAGAGUCGGAGGCUAAAAUCAGCGACUUUGGAGACUUCACUCCAACAUCAAAAACUAGAGCACUGAUACCAUCUGUAGACUACAAUAAGCCUAUUGAUGAGUUGCCAUUGCUUUUGGUGCAAGUAACAAAUUUUAGUUGUGGUGGAAUUAGUCUUGGCUUGGGCAUAUCCCAUGUGCUUGUCGACGGCCGAUGUGCAGCUCACUUUGUUUCCGAGUGGGCGAGGAUUGCCCGCGGUGAGGAACCUGAAAAUUUACCGUUUCUUGAUCGGACUGCACUGAAACUGGAGGAGGAUGAUCUGACACCGCCGAGAUUUGGUCACUUGGAGUUCGGCAAACCACCGAUGUUGAUUGGCCAAAAGAAUAACUUAGAAGAGCAGAAGAAGGAAACGACUGUGGUGAUGUUGAAAUUGAGCAAAGAGCAAAUUAAAAAGCUGAAGAAAGAGGCUAAUGAGUUCCCAAGUGUUUACACUAGUAGUAAGCCUUUCACCAGGUAUGAGGCUGUGACUGCGCACAUGUGGAGGUGUACAUCCAAGGCAAGGCUGCACGAAAUCGAGCAACUAACAAGUGUGCGGGUUGGCGUGGAUUUUCACAGCCGGAUGGUACCGCCAUUGCCAAAGCACUAUUUCGGGAAUGCCGUCUCACCGAUGAGAGCAACAACCACCUCAGGAGAGCUGUUGUCAAAGCCGUUAGGAUAUGGCUGUAGCAAGAUAAGAGAAGCCAUAGAGAAGGUAACAGACGAAUACAUAAGGUCAUCGCUAGCUUACAUGAAAAGAGAAAAGGAUUUGUCCAAGUUCAGGUACUCUCAUGUGGUGGGAUCUACCCAAGGAGCUUUCCUUGGCAACCCGAACAUUGUAAUCACUAGUUGGAUCAGUUUGCCUUUUUGUGGUGUUGAUUUUGGAUGGGGAAAGGAAAUUUACAUAGCACCCGGAGCGAUUCCGUUUGACGGGAGGUCGUUCAUACUUCCCAGCCGUGAUGAAGAUGGUUCUUUCGACGCCCCAUUCCGGUUGCAGGUUGAACAUAUGGAUGCCUUCAAGAAGUUCUUCUAUGAGAAUAUCAUGAUUUCAAGUUUGUGAUGAUUAUGUUAUAAACUAGAAUCUAUGAAGUACAACUAAAUAAAAGCCCCAUAUCGUGGAUUGCCUAGCUAGACUUUGUGCUAUUAUGUGGUUUUUCAAGUUUGAUGAAAGCAAAUAAAUGUUUUCUAUUCAA